UGGAAUUUUGCGGUUAGAUUGCGUGAAGGGAGGAGGAGGGAGUAGAGUUUGGGAAUCCCGGACGCGUCCGCUGAGUCGCCUGAUACUGAUGGACAUUGGAUGGGCCAGAGGCAGGGAUGGUCGGCUAUGACCCAAAAGCAGAUGACAGGAAUAACUCCAAGUUUGAGGUGGCGGUGGCAGGGUCUGUGUCCGGACUUGUUACCCGUGUGCUGAUCAGUCCCUUGGAUGUCAUCAAGAUCCGUUUCCAGCUGCAGAUUGAGCACCUGUCUCGCAGUGACCCAAAUGCUAAGUAUCAUGGGAUCCUUCAGGCCGGCAAGCGGAUUUUGCAGGAGGAGGGUCCAGCAGCCUUCUGGAAAGGACACAUUCCAGCCCAGCUUCUCUCCAUAGGCUAUGGCGCUGUCCAGUUUCUGUCAUUUCAACUGCUGACCGAGCUGGUCCACCAAGCCAGCGUGUAUGAGACCCACGAAUUCUCAGCGCAUUUUGUGUGUGGCGGGCUGUCUGCCUGCGCGGCCACCCUUGCUGUACACCCUGUGGACGUUCUGCGCACCCGCUUUGCAGCUCAGGGUGAGCCAAGGGUCUAUAAGACCCUGCAAGACGCCGUGGUGACCAUGUAUAGGACUGAGGGACCCCUGGUCUUCUACAAAGGCUUGGCGCCCACCUUGAUUGCCAUCUUCCCCUACGCUGGGCUGCAGUUCUCCUGUUACAAGUCCUUGAAGCGCGCCUACGACUGGGCCAUCCCGGCCGAUGGGAAGCAGACGGGAAACCUGAAAAACCUGCUCUGUGGCUCUGGCGCUGGACUCAUCAGCAAGACCCUUACGUAUCCCCUGGACCUCUUUAAGAAACGGCUUCAGGUUGGCGGGUUUGAGCAUGCCAGGGCUGCCUUCGGCCAGGUGCGGAGCUACAGGGGCCUCCUGGAUUGCACCAAGCAGGUGCUGCACGAAGAAGGCACCCACGGCUUCUUCAAGGGUCUGUCCCCAAGCCUGCUAAAGGCUGCCCUCUCCACAGGCUUUGUGUUUUUCUGGUAUGAGUUUUUCUGUAACCUUUUCCACUGCAUGAAGAAGGAGAGCAGCUAGCUUUGAGAACGGGAGGAAGAGGGCCUGGGAUCUGCUCAGUGCAUAAGCACCUGCCUGGAGGCCAUCUCCCAAAAGAAGCAAGACUUGGCCUUGGAGCUCCUGUUGCACUGAGAAAUGCUGCCUGGCCCCAGCACUGAGCACCGGGAGGGGUGUCGUGAGCAACAGGUAUCGUAGGGAGCAGGGUGGCAACCUUGACCUGUCAGCUGGGACACCACCGGAGAGCAGGGACUUUCUCCACAUAAGAACAACAGUACCCAGGACUCGGCUGUGGGACCAGCGCCAGUGGGCAGCAGCUUGCAGUCCUUUCUCCUCUGCCCAUCCCACGCCCAGAAGGAUCGGGUGUCAUCCCUCCCUUCGUAGCCAGUCUGCUGGGAGAACUCUCGAAGUUCUGGAAGAGGCUGAGGCUCCAGGGCAGAAGGCUGGGCUUGGGCUCGUUGCAGAGGUCUGGUCUUCACACUUGAGCUUUUUUCUAUCAACUUAUUCAACAGACAUUAAAGCAGAAGACACAUUCCCUAUAUUACUCUUCCACCUU